CUGCUUUGAAAUCGGAAAUCGUGGGUUUAUUAGGGUUUUUAAGAAAACUUUCAAUUAUCAAAUCACUUGCCGCCGACUCUCCCUCUUCAGCUUCAUCAGAUUCUCCCUUCAGCUCUCCCACAGGAUAAAAGAAAAUUAUCAUCAAUUUACACAAUGUCUGGUGAGGAGGUUGCCGCUGCUGUUCCUGCUACUGAGACCCCUACUCCAUUAGUGGGGGAGACCAUGGACCUGAUGACAGCUCUUCAGCUUGUGUUGAAGAAGUCUCUUGCACAUGGUGGCCUAUGCCGUGGUCUUCAUGAGGGUGCCAAAGUGAUUGAAAAGCAUGCUGCUCAGCUAUGCUUGUUGGCAGAAGAUUGUGACCAGCCUGAUUAUGUCAAAUUAGUCAAGGCUCUAUGUGCUGAGCACAAUGUUAACUUGCUAACUAUUCCAAGUGCCAAGACCUUAGGCGAGUGGUCUGGUCUGUGCAAGAUUGAUUCAGAGGGGAAAGCAAGGAAAGUAGUCGGAUGCUCAUGUGUGGUUGUGAAGGACUUCGGUGAAGAGUCAGAAGGACUCAAUGUGGUUCAGCAGCACAUCAAGUCUCACUGAAACUCUCAUAUGAGAUCCUUAUCUAAGAUAGGCCAUGUUUAAGAAUUUUGUUCUGUAGUUUAUUGCAUUUUGAAGAUGUGACUUCCUUACAGAGAAUUUUAUGAUUGGUUUUUGGUGCUAAAUGCAAUCAGAACAAAUUGCAGUA